GUUCCACGUGGAGAAAUGGGUAUGCGUAGUCUUCCAUCUCAAACCUUAUAUAAAUCCGGUACUCAACCCGCUCAAACUCAGACAAACUGCGAGUCAGAGAUAACCUUGGAAGUCUAUCUUUUUCGUACCACUACAAGCAACCUUCACUGCUCAUCUUUUCUCUCCUACAGAACCCAACGACCUUCUUUUCUAUGCCAAAGUCAUCGUCCUCGGCAUGUAACAGUUCCAUCGUUAAGCACUUGGAGAUGGAAAGUGGGACCGAGCUUAUUGCAGAGAGAAGUUGACCACCAUAGAUUAGAAGGGGUUGCGGUGAAGUGUGAGAAGUUGGGUUCGGGUUAUGUAGCAGAGUUGGAGAGAGAACUACAGGAGGAGAUAAACCCAGAAGAGAAAGCAGAGUGGAUGAGAUUGGGAAGGUUGAGAGAGAACUGUGGAGGAAGGAAAGGAGUAGUGGAGCUGCUAGAAUGCUUGGAACGUGAAGCUAUUAUGGGUGAAGAUCAAGGAAGAGAGCCUAAUGAUUACAAUCGCAGGGCUCAGAUCUUCGACAAAAGUUCCAGAGUUUUCCAGGCUCUCAAGGAACGUACAAAUGUUGAUGUUGAUGUUGAUGGUGAUUCUUCUCACCAAGAAUCUUGAUACAUAAAUAUAUAUAUAUAUAUAUAUAUAUAUAUAAACUUCCAUGAAAGUCUAGUAGUCAUGCUGUGCUCUACUUAUUUUUGGUAUUUGGUUUUUGUGUGUGUAUGCAAAGGCAUACUCUGUUUUGAAAGCAGACAAAACACUAAUUUUCAGAAAGUUUUUCUUAUGCUAUCAAUCUGCUUAGUCUGUGAGCUGUGAAAGCAAGAUCACCCAGAUCAAUGUCAUAAUCAGAUUGUUUGGAACUAAUUGUUCAUGGGGUUUCUUUGGCAGAACUUCAUUUGUUAUUAAGCUACUUCAUGUCCAAUUGCCAAAAUUAAGAAUGAUACUAAGCAGUAGAGAAAUCUCAUUAGCACAUUUAGUCAGUCGUAACUUUCCUCGAAAGAACAUAAAAUAGGUGAAGAGAAUUUCUGCCUCGGGUUUUCAAUUUAGAUAAUCAUAAAAACAAACAGCAAUACUCUAUAACAUAUUCAGAUAUCGUGGUUUGUGUGUGUGUGUGUGUGUGUAACCAGAGCAAGUAGAGGAUGAGAAAAAGUUGUGACAAACAUGCUCUUCUUCUCCAGUCUUGAAGAUUGCCAAUUAGAUUGGUCAAGCCAAAUAUGUUCUGUAGAUCUGCAGCUAAAGACUAGAUGCCUUGAACAUGUUGUAUUGUUUAUUAUAAUUAUAAUUACAAUUAUUAAGUCAAUUUUAUAUUUAA